AUGAAAAGAAAGAAAUCAAGUGGUUUUAUUGGUGAAUGUCUAACAAUGGCAGCCACUGACAUGAAUGCAUCACAAGCGUCGAAUAGGACUCCCCGUCGUCGAUCAUUAUCUACCAAGGAAAACGAAGAUGAAGGUUGUCCAAUAUGUCUCGAACCUUGGACUAAUUCUGGAGCACAUCGAUUAGUAUCGACUUAUUGUGGACAUUUGUUUGGAAAAAUUUGCAUUGAACAAUGGCUUCGAACAUCUCAAACGUGUCCUCAAUGUCAAUCGAGAGUAAGACGAAAGGAUUUACGGUGGAUAUUUUGUCGAUCGAUAAAAGCUCUUGAUACAAGUGAGAGAGAUAACGCGAUUAAAGAACGUGAUUUUGAACGAAGAGCAAAACGGAACCUCGAACACGAAAAAGCAGAAUUACAAAUAGCUUACGAGUCACUCCAACAGCAUUGUCUACACUUACAACAAGAACACGAUCGUCUAUUAGAAUUAAAUCAACAGUUGAACGAUACAAAAAAGAUGACCAAUGAAUCGGUUCAAUCAGUACCGAUCGCCGCCAUAUCAAAUCCAAUUCUUACAAUUAGUUUACAAUUAGAAGCAACGAUCAAAACUCCUGAAGGAAUGUGUCGCGUUCUUGCUUAUGCAUCUUCAUCUCACUUGCUGUUCAUAAGUAGUCAGCCAUCAAGUAACAACCACGCCUCAAAUGCGGAUUACGGCGUCAGAAAAAUCAGUCUUAUUGACGGAAUUCGUUCAAUCGAAUAUAUUUCCUUAAAUCAUACAAAGCCCAUUCGUGAUAUUCAACUAUAUGAUACCCUUCUACUCUCUUGUGCAUGGGAUAAAACACUUCGUAUCUACAACUAUAUACAGAAUACCACUGAUCUUCUAUGUGAAUGUUCUUCACAAGUAUGGAGUUGUGCAUGGAAUCUUGACGAUCCCAAUCUAGUCUUUGCUGGGUUGAAUACAGGUCGUGUGCAGGUAUUCGAUCGACGACAAACUCAACAGAAUGAAACGAUACUUUCAUCAAGCAUCGAAACAUUAGAUUUUUCCACUACAUCGCCUAUUCUUUGUCUUCAAUACAUACAAAAAAGUUCACAUUUCCAUGCAAAUGGAUUACUUGUUGGUAGCAACGAUAAAAGUGGCUUUUAUGAAUAUAUAUCUAAUUGUGAAUAUCAUUUUCAUGAAUUACCUAUUGAUAAGAAUCUCUCCAGUCUUCAUUAUGACGUUGCAACAAAUCGUUUGCUUGCUUCCUUUCGUCCACAAUCCAAUCCAGCACGUCACGAAUUGUAUGAAAUAAUAACGACAUCUCACCAAUCAUUUCAAAUCUCUUUACAACUUAUUCAAACAUUUGUUGGUUCAAGUGUGAAUAUUAUUCUUUCAAGAUCGAAAAUUCUUCAUCACAAUGCCGAAACUUACGUCGUCGCAUCAGACAAUCGAGCGCAUGGUAUUGAAAUAUGGAACAUUCGACAAACAGAGAAAAUACCUUUGUAUAAACUUUCAACCCAAUGUGAUAUUAUCGAUUCAUGUUUAGCACGUCAAUACUUGUGUUUAUUAGCUGACAAUCAGCUUCGAUUGUAUAAAUGGUCUUAA